AUGACCGUCAAUGCCCCCAAAACCAAUGGCCAACAACCACGCCGACUUCUUCUUGUCAGUGUGCCCCGCACCGCCUCAAAUCUCCUCCUGAAGGUCCUCAACAUCUCCAACCAACCAAAUCUCAUCACCAGCCCAAAGUGCGGCUAUUUCUUCUACGAUGCCUUCAUGACAGCCGCCAAAGACGGUCGUCUGAGUAGACCACUAGACCAAUGGACAGCCGACGAGAAGAACGAGACCAAAUCUACCUUCCAGCGCUGCUUCAAUGAGCUUGAAGAGUAUACCACCCGGGCGACAGCGGAGAACAAAACCAUGUUCGCCAAAGAACAUGCCUUUUGGUUCGUCAACCCUGGAGCCUUCACGAGGUCCCUGGGCGAUACAGAUACCCCCGACGACCUGAAAGAGUUCCACAUUUCCCUCCCAGGAUCCUACGGGCCUACGCAGACAUUCUCGGCAAACAACCAGACAGUUCUGUCAGAUGAAUACCUGCGCACGUGGCAGAUAUCCUUCAUCAUUCGCCACCCAGCACUGGCAUGGCCGUCGCUGUACCGCGCGAUGCAGAAACUCUUGAAAGAGGGCUUCAUUGACGAUGAUGGUGUCAAGGGCGUGUCGAUCGUGAAUAUGACUCUGACUUACUCGCGCAACUUGUUCGAUUGGUGUAUUGAACAGCCGGAUGAGUCUGUUACGCCUUUGGUUAUUGAUGCCCAUGAUGUGAUACAUAACCGGGCUGUCGUGACUAAGUUCUGUGAGAUGGCUGGGCUGGACCCUACAGCUAUGCAGUAUGAGUGGAGUGGUGCGAAGCCUCAGUCUGAUCAUGCGAGCUUGGGUGAUGCGGAGGAGCAGAAGCGCAUUGCGAUCUUCCUGUCGACUUUGCAGGAGUCGACGGGUAUUGUAAAGGAGAAGGCUCCGGCAUCUGUUGAUAUUGAUGCUGAGGUCGCUAAAUGGCGGGUUGAAUUUGGGGAUGAUGUUGCUCAGUUGCUUGAGAAGGCGACGCGCGAUUCUAUGCCUGAUUAUGAGUAUUUGAAGGCACACAAAGUCGUUGUCUAG